AUGGUGUCAGGCACCGACAUUUGGAACAGGGCAAAUCCUAUGACGGCAAGUUUGUUUCCAGAACAGACACCUCUAGUUUCAGAAGAAAUCGUUCGGGUCCUGUUCUACGAGCAAGAGAAUUUGGAUGCCGUGGUUGCCUACCUUCGCACACAGGAUCGGUGUGUACUCGUUAUGGAUGCCACAUUCAAGACCAAUGUGCAGGAUGUUGUGCUAGCCAGUCUCGGACUCGUCAUCUUGUACCAGGUUGGCGGAGUGGUGCGCAAUCGAUUCUGGCCAGUAGUUUGUGCCGUGUGCGACAAGGAAGAUGAACCGUGUUAUGCACUCUUAUGUCGAGCUUUCCAGAAGCUAUUGGACGAGGCGGGUUUGGAUUGGGAGAAACUGGUGACAAAUGUGGUCAUGGAUGGUGCAGGCGGUGCCAUCAAUGCCGCAAGUGCAUGCUUUCCAGACGCUACUUUGCACCGGGACUUAGAACACAUAAAGAAAGACGUCAAGCGCAUCGGGGGCAGGAAGAAAGUUGACCCAGAGCUGACAAUGGAGAUAACGGAAAUCAUCCAGUUCAGCGCCAAAGUCGCACAUCCACUACAGUUCCAUGUCAUCUGGGAGGACACUUUGCGAAGGCUGCGCGACCCAGAAGACUGGAAUCAGGACAGCGCCGAGAAAUUCGCGGAUUACUUGGAGAGGUGGGUCUUGCAGAAGAAGGGCCUGUGGUGGAGCGCAGAUUGGCAGAGCGGUCUCGGUCAAGUGUGUCCGGGUUACGAAAUCCAAUGUCACCGGCUCACAUUGGACUUGAUGCAGAAGUGGCGAGAUAAGGAAGGUGACGAGAACACCUUUCUGAAGUACGACACUGGGGGCCGUGUCAUGGUAGACUGUCGGACGGUGGACAUUACUUCAGUCAUCGUUAUGCCGAAGUACAAAUUGGAGUAUGCCAAGAACAAGAAAAGAGACAUGGUGCAGCGGUUGGACUUAGCACUCUCUUCUUUGUAUGAAGAUGGUGAAGCUGCUUUUCGCACUGCUUUGGGAAACCCAAGGCAGCGGUCCUUUUCCAUGCACAAAAAGUUGUUCUACAAGUGCACUGUGAUGUAUGUGCUUAGCACGGGCCGUGUCGUGGAUGAACAUCCACAUUUUGUGCACAGUAGCUGCAGCGAGCAGGCUUUCUUUUACAAAUCCGUGUUGGGCGGCUUGAAUCUGCGCCCCAUUGCAAGGGGCCCUAAGACUCUAAAGGCCAGGCGUCCACGGCGGGACAGGCGAACCGAGGAGUUUCGCAAAAAAAUGCGUACUCCUUCGCCUUGA